UCUGCCUUCCUGUUUUUGCUACCAAAGUGGAUAACCUCACAUUUAAAGUCGCUAGGACACUGGAGAAGGAUUAGCAUCGAUGCACGCACGCACCUCACCUCUCCGGAUGACCACGAAAGCCACAACACAACCACGCAGCCCGCCCAGACCUUAAGAGGAGCCUUUACCAUAACUCAAGGAGCCUACUAUACAGCUCAGCUGCAAAACAAAUCAUCGCUGCAGUUUAAGGUUCUUGCCUUCGAUGUGACCAACUUGAUACAGAAAAUAUAUGUGUGGGGACAGUACGAAGAUCAGUACAAAGGGUGUGAGGUUCUGGAGUUCCGGAACGGCAGCGUCAUCGCGUUGUUCGAGCUGCGUUUCAUCACCGCCGUGGCGAGCGCCGCUGUACGCGACGAGAUGGUGACAGCCAUCGAACAGAACGAGGGGUCGUUUCUGGGGAACUUUCGAAUCGACCUGAUCAGUCUCCAGAUCUCAGAACAAUGUCUCAACGGAACCAGGUUGUGCGGCGAUAAGAGGACCUGUGUGGAUAUGAACUUAUUCUGCAAUGGAGAAACUGAUUGCCCUGAUGCCCUGGAUGAGAGCGAGCAGUAUUGUGCUACUCCCUGCGAUGGGCAAUUUCUGCUGACAGGCAACUUUGGUUCAUUCCAUUCGCUUAAUUUCCCCAGGCCCUACGACCAGAACACCUUCUGCAAAUGGAUCAUAAGAGUUGAACCAGGCCUUUACAUAAAGGUGAAUUUCGCUGACUUCCAAACAACUAAAGGGAACGAUACCCUUAACUUCUACCAAGGCACCGGCUCCCAGAAAGAAUUAGUCGCUUCUCUCUCAGGGUCCAAUCCCGGAUCCGUGUGGAUAUUUUCCAACCAGGCCACGGCGGAGUUCCGUUCGGAUAACUUUCCGUCUCCUGAUCGUGGUUUCGACGCCAGCUUUACGGCUCUUACGCCCGGCCCAGUCAGCAAUAAGGCGAAAAUAAAUUGCAACUUCCAAGAUGGAUUUUGCCACUGGAGACAAGAUCCUAUGAAUGUGGCUGACUGGCAGAGGAUGAAUGGUCCGUCCUAUCCUCCAUUCACUGGACCAAACGAUGACCACACAUAUGGAAAUCAAUCAGGGUAUUACAUUGUGACGCCCAUGAAGAUGUCCAAUAUGAUCAUUAAGGUCCGUCUCGUCAGCCUUGAAUUGUCCGCUGCAUCCAAGCCUUCCUGUAUCAGCUUCUGGUACCACAUGCACGGAAUUAGCUUUUCCCACUUGAAUGUUUCCAUCGUCAGCGACCAAAUGCGGGAGAUAAUGUUCGCGAAGGAAGGCGAUUACGGCGAUCAGUGGAUCUACGGACAGUUCACGGUGAAUGAAACAUCAGCAGUCAGGGUUGCCUUCGAAGCUGAGCGAGGUUACGGGACGAUGAACGAGGUCGCGCUGGACGAUAUUUCUCUGACAAACGGCGCUUGCGAUGACAACGGAUACGUCGAGCCGACAGCCAAGCCGGAGCCCACACCGCCCCCUGCUGGAGCCACUGACUGUGGAGGCCCGCUGGAACUGAGCGAACCAAACACCACCUUCAGUUCCAUCAAUUAUCCCAGGAACUAUGUGAACAACGCAUUCUGUACCUGGUAUCUCAUCGCAGAGAAGGGGGAUAAUAUUCAGCUCCACUUUGAAGACUUCAAUGUGGAAGAUAUUUACGAUGUGGUGGAAGUCCGGGAUGGAAGUGGAAAUGACUCUCUCCUGAUGGAUGUAUUAACGGGCAGAGGGCCAUUUGGGGACUUCUACUCCAGCAGGAAUGGGAUGACAGUCCUUUUCAUCUCAGACAAGAUGGGAACCAGGAGCGGAUUCCAGGCGAAUUUCACCACAGGAUAUCACUUGGGCCAACCAGCUCCAUGUUCGCCUGCUGAAUACCAGUGUGGAAAUGGUCAAUGUGUCUCCAUGACAAAGCUCUGCGAUGGUCAGCUCGACUGUGAAGAUGGCUCUGAUGAGGAGGACAACUGCGUGCGACUGUUCAAUGGAACACAAAGCAGUGACGGUGUUGUGCAGUUCAAGGUGAACAACGAAUGGUGCUCCAUGUGCACAGGUCAUUGGUCAGGUGCACUGUCAGAACGCGUCUGCCACCUGUUAGGUUACAGGAACAACAACAAAACGACAACAUCUCCAGCUCUGGGCUACGAGCCCUUUGUACAAAUGAAUAUAAGCACAAGUGGUGCGGUGGAACUUAUACCAAGUGGGAACUGCUCUGCCGGUGCUGUUGUUCAUCAGAAGUGCAACAGGAAAUCCUGCGGGAAGGUUUUGUUGCGACCGAAAGAUGCGGCGAGAAUCGUCGGCGGUCACGAUGCGGUGGACGGCACUUGGCCGUGGAUUGUGUCCCUCCACUACAUCGGCCAUCACAUCUGUGGAUCCACGCUGAUCAGCAAGCAGUGGCUCGUAUCUGCGGCCCACUGCGUAUACGGGAGGAACCAGGUGCUGUCACGCUGGGAGGCGGUGCUGGGUCUACACGCACAACGUAACCUCACCUCUCCCCAGACCCAAGUCCUUGCGAUCGAUCGCAUCCUGAUAAACCCACGGUACAACCGGAGAACCAAGGAUGGGGACAUUGCCUUGUUGCGUUUGGAGUCAGCAGUGCAGUACACAGAUUACAUCCAGCCCGCCUGCCUGCCAGACAGCAAGCAACAUUUCUCAGCGGGAACGAGAUGCUCCAUCGCAGGCUGGGGAGCAGUGAGCGAAGGGGGUUCACCUCCGAGUGUUCUUCAGGAGGCUGAGGUUCCUCUCAUUGCUGCUCAGAAGUGCCAGGCGCUGCUGCCACAGUACAACAUCACACAGAACAUGGUGUGUGCCGGUUAUGAGAAAGGAGGAACAGAUACCUGCCAGGGUGAUUCGGGAGGACCACUCGUCUGCAAGCAAGGUGAUCAAUGGUUCCUGGCUGGAGUGACCUCUUUCGGCCACGGUUGUGCGCAACCACACAGUCCGGGGGUCUACGCCCGCGUCACCGCAUUCGUCGACUGGAUACAGGAGGUCCUCAGCUAAGGCCCAUCUUUGAAGAUGGCCGCCAGGACUCAGCGCUGACCUGAUUCGCUUCCACCGGUUACUUCUGUGCUCUUUUACCCCAAUACCUGAAGCUCUCAAAACAUUGUCAAAACAGCAGCAAAGGGAGUUUUACAUAACUUUAGUUUAGUUUAGUGAUACCCUGCAGAAAAAUCAUCCUCGAGUCACACUGUGCAGAAUGCCCCAUCUAAGAAGGGUCUCGACCCGAAACGUCACCCAUUCCUUCUCUCCAGAGAUGCUGCCUCACCCGCUGAAUUACUCCAGCA